AUGAGUUCACAUCCAUAUCAAGCACAUAAUAAGCAAGUACAGCACCAGGAUCAGAACGCUGCAACGAAGCCUGGCCAAAGUGUCCAACCCAGAAACAGCGUCGUGCUGAAGACAGGCAUAGUGGGCGACACAAAUAUUGGAAAAACGAGCCUUAUGGUGAAAUAUGCGGAAGGAAUCUUUGAUCCUGAAUAUAUUCAAACACUGGGCGUCAAUUUUAUGGAAAAGUCGAUCAUUAUUCGUAAUACAGAGAUUAUCUUCAGUAUAUGGGACUUAGGAGGUCAAAAAGAGUUCGUGAGCAUGCUUCCACUUGUGUGCAAUGAAACGGCGGCUAUCUUGUUUACGUUUGAUUUGACUCGAAAGGCAACGCUUAAUAACAUCAAAGAAUGGUACCGGCAAGCUCGUGGGAUGAAUAAGCAUGCUGUUCCUUUACUAAUUGGUACAAAAUAUGAUGAAUUUGUACGAUUAUCGGAAAAAGACCAAGAAGAAGUUACAAAACAGGCCCGCAAGUAUGCUCGAGCUAUGAGGGCGCCAUUGAUAUUCUGCUCAACUGCAGAGUCAAUCAACAUUCAAAAGAUCUACAAGAUUGUUUUCGCAAAGGCAUUUGACUUAGAAUGCAGUAUUCCAGAAAUCACGGAAACAGGUGCCCCCAUUCUUGAAUACAAAUACUGUUAA